AUGUUGCGUCCAGAAGAUUCAAAGAACUUUGUUUACUUAAAGUCUCUCCAUCGCUGCAAAAUGUGCCCCUUCUUCACCACUUCGACCACUCUCAUGCUAAACCACGCCAGAAGUCACGGUUCAUCCCUCCAACUCUUCGACUGCGAAAGCGCCACAAUUGAAACGUACUCCUGCAAGGACUGUACCUUCCGAACAAAUCUAGCCAUAGUAUUAAAAAAACACAACGAAAACCACGACCACACUAAUCGAAACAACUUUGAAAACGGUCUCCAAGGACACGUUUGUCCCAACUGCGAAUUUAAAACCCACUUCGUGCUAAAACAGCUCCAACACGUACUGGAAUGCCUGGAUAAACAACACCAAAAGUGGCACGAAUGCAACCAAUGCAGCUACAAAUCCAAAGACAAACGUAGCUUAACCGACCACAAAAUCUCAAAACACUUGAGCGACGACGAAAUCCACUGGUUUACGUGUGAACAGUGUCCGUACAGAGCCAAGAAGAAAAAAUAUUUGAAAAGACACAUCUACGCCCAUCAUUCCGAAGACCAAGUGAUUAAAUGGUAUGAAUGCGAACUGUGCCCGUACAAAACCAAAUUUAAAGCAUGCUUGCAACAACACGAACACUCCAAACAUAAAAAGAACCAUCAGUGGUACAAGUGUGAUAGUUGCUCUUAUCAGACUCCGACGAAAGGUCACUUGAAACGACACGUCAUCCACAAACACCAACCUGAGAAGGAAAUCCACUGGUAUGAGUGUGAAACGUGUCCGUAUAAAGCUAAGACUAAGAACUUGCUUACUAAUCACAUGAACUGUGUUCAUCCGGAUGGCAAAGAGGUGAAGUGGCAUCAGUGUGACCGGUGUCCAUAUAAAACUGUACGUGCGUAUAAAUUAAAGUCACACAUUAUUAAUAAACACUUGGGGGACCACGAAGUCCAGUGGUUCUAUUGUGACAAAUGCAACCAUAAAACUAAGUGUAAGUAUUCGCUAAAGGCGCAUACGAGGACGCAUUUGAGUGAUGGCGAGGUGGAGUGGCAUGAGUGCCAAGAGUGUGGGUUUAGGACGAUGUAUAAGACUGCGCUGAAAAGACAUACAACCCUCAAUACGUGA